UAUCAUGUUUGUGGAUGGAAUAUCUAAGCAAAUGUUUGAUGAGAUCCAAGAAUAAUGACCGUGCAUCAAAGGUAUUGAUGGUUGCGUGGCGCGGACGAAGGCCGGUGAUGUUGCGACAAAAUGUUGCGCGGGUGGCGCUGGCUUGUCGUCGUGUUGAAUGCUGUAGCCGCGCUAUCGCCUGUUAUUAAGAUAGGAGCAAUCUUCACUGAAGAGGGAAGAGGUGGCAGCGCCGAGUUGGCCUUCAAAUACGCUGUUUACAGGAUAAAUAAGGAGAAGAGUUUGUUACCAAACACGACUUUGGUUUACGACAUACAAUACACACAACCAACAGACUCUUUCAGCACUUAUAAAAAAGCUUGUCUACAAAUAAAGUCGGGAGCGGUAGCUAUAUUCAGUAGCGCCGGACCACUGCUAGGGUCAACAUUAGGCGCCAUGUGUCGGACUUUACACACCCCUCAUUUUGUAGUGGCGGUUCAGAGGGUAUUUAGUCGCAACGAAACAAAUGACUUCACCGUCAAUAUCCACCCAUCACGAGAGCUGAUGGAGAAGGCCUACCUGGACCUCAUCGGGUAUCUAAAUUGGACUAGAAUGGGUUUGAUAUACGAGGACUAUGGAUAUGGGGAACUAAACAUCAUCAAGAUAGCUCAGGACGGUCGUAACAUGUACGCUGUCAGGUGUUCGGGCGCCCACGAUUACAGACACGCUUUGGCCUUGCUGAAGGCCCAGGGCAUAGGUCACAUUAUAGUGGACACGGAGCCCAGGAAAAUUAGACAGUUGGCUAGAGCGAUACUACAGCUUCAAAUGAACAAUGAGUUUUACCAUUAUAUAUUUACUUCUUUUGAUAUGGAACUCUUUGACCUGGAAGACUUCUAUUACAAUCGGGUGAACAUGAGCGGCUGGAGACUGGUGGACAGGGGGUCAGACAAGGUCAAGGAAGCGUUGCAGGUCAUGGAGAAAUUCCAUCCAAUAGGUGCGAGCAUCUUGAGCGGAGGUCACAUAAAGACUGAACCAGCGUUGCUAUAUGAUGCUGUUCAGGUUCUGGCCUUGGCGUUAUCGUCGACUGAAGACUUCACUCCUGCUAAUGCAUCUUGUGACAAGGAGUCUCCAUGGAAUCAUGGGAAGACUUUGUUGGAUAAUAUCAAUAAGGUACAAGCACACGGUCUAACUGGCCCAAUCCAAUUCGAGAGCGGACAACGAAGCAACUUCUCCCUCCAGCUGAUGCGGCUCUGUGGGGGGGAGAGGGGCGGUACAGUCAAGUCUGGGCACUGGACCCCGAGCGCCGGGCUGGCGGUCACUGACCCCGCCGCUUACAAGCGUGACCCGCCUGCGAAUGUCACUCUCACCGUGGUCACUGUCGAGGAGAAACCCUACGUUAUGGUGAAGGAAGGUUGGAACCUCCAGGGGAACGCGCGGUUCGAGGGGUUCUGCAUAGACCUGCUGGCCAGGGUGGCAGCCAGGGCCGGCUUCCAUUACCGCCUGAGGCUGGUGCCUGAUAACAUGUAUGGAGCAAGGGAUCCUGAGAGCGGACAGUGGAACGGCAUUGUCAGGGAGCUGAUGGAUAGGAAAGCAGACAUCGCUGUGGCGUCAAUGACCAUAAAUUACGCGCGUGAAGCCGUGAUAGACUUUACCAAGCCGUUCAUGAAUCUUGGUAUCGGAAUACUAUUUAAGGUGCCUACUUCUCAACCGACCCGCCUCUUCAGCUUUCUCAACCCCCUGGCUAUAGAGAUUUGGCUUUAUGUACUGGCUGCGUAUAUUCUCGUCUCUUUCACACUGUUCGUAAUGGCGAGGUUCUCACCUUAUGAAUGGUCAUCCAGCACACACGUUUGCGGCCACCAGACCAAACUACUCACGAACCAGUUCAGCGUGUGCAACUCAUUCUGGUUCAUCACUGGCACAUUCCUUAGACAAGGAUCGGGGCUCAAUCCGAAGGCGACAUCAACCCGUAUAGUCGGCGGAAUCUGGUGGUUCUUCACCCUGAUCAUCCUGUCUUCGUACACCGCCAACCUGGCCGCCUUCCUCACCGUAGAACGCACCGUGCUGCCGAUACAGAGCGCUGCCGACUUGGCAGCUCAGACCAACAUUCAGUAUGGGACGCUCAAUGGAGGAUCUACGAUGACUUUCUUCAGAGAUUCAAACAUCGACAUUUACCAGAAGAUGUGGCAACAUAUGUCCACGGCGUCCCCGCCAGCUUUAGUCUCCUCCUACGAGGAAGGGGUCCGAAGGGUCCUGAAUGGAAAUUACGCGUUCCUGAUGGAGUCCACUAUGUUGGACCAUAGAGUGCAGCGAGAUUGUAAUCUGACACAGAUUGGCGGAUUACUAGAUUCUAAGGGUUACGGCAUAGCCACGUGGAAAGGGAGCCCGUGGCGUGACAAGAUAUCGUUGGCGAUUCUGGAGCUACAAGAGAAGGGUGUCAUACAGAUAUUAUACGACAAAUGGUGGAAGAACACGGGCGAUGUUUGCAACAGAGACGGCAAAGAUAGCAAGGCCAAUCCGCUGGGUGUCCAAAAUAUUGGUGGAGUCUUUGUAACUCUCCUCUGUGGCCUCGCUUUAGCUAUAAUGGUAGCCAUCUUGGAAUUUUGCUGGAACACGAAGAAGAAUGCGUCUCAGGGUCGACAGUCGCUUUGCAGUGAGAUGGGACAGGAGUUAAGAACGGCGAUGCGAGGCGGUUCUUCCAGCAGGACGGUGCUAAGAGCUGGCUGUUCCAGGUGCUCGCCGGCCACCCACGUCCCUCCAGCGCCGUCCCGAUACGAAAUACAAGACACCCCCUGCAACAGUGUGGAGCUCCGCGAGCUGCGUUGGUCGUAG